AGAUGACGUCGCGGAGUCAGUAGUAGUCUACUCGACUACAAAGCACCACCCUACUGUCAGCACGAAAAAUUUGAAAUAUACGACACCGUAAACUAUCUGAAAAGUUACAUGAAGAGACUGAAGCUCUGAAACGGCUUUAUCGGACUAAGGCUGAACAUCGACCUCAGGACCAUGGGUUGGCCGCACCAAAGAAGAAGGGCAUGGCUGAAGACUCGGGCAUUUUCAAUCAAGUAAAAUCCACAAAACGCCCCACCUACAUCAAUUUUCCCAAUAUCCAAAAUCUCUGCCACGAAUGUCUCAAGUUCUUUCAUUACAACAACAGGUCACAAUUCUCCGUUGCCACAAGUGCACCUCACAAAGUCGACGCUUCUCGAUUCUGGGCAGUCGUCAUCGGAAUUGAUGAAUACAAAGAAAUCUCAAUACUAGAAUGUGGUGUAGCAGAUGCCCAAUCAUUUCAGCAAUACUUGAUUGCUGACCUAGGCGUACCCGAGGGACGUAUUCAACUUCUUCUCGGAUCCAAGGAGCACGAUUCUCCUACCGAUCCAAUGUGUCCUUCCCGCACUUGUAUCAUUGACGCACUUCUCAGUCUCAUCGACAAUCACGAGAUCGAGAAAGGCGAUAAUAUUAUAUUUUACUAUGCUGGUCACGGCUCUUCCUAUAAAUGCUCGGACUACCGGGAUGACGAGAUGCCAGACGCAAAAAUCAGUCCCGGAAAUAUAGGAUACAUCGAGGCUCUUUGUCCCAUCGAUCGCGACACCCAUGAUGCGAAUGGUGAAGCUGUACCCGACAUUAGCGACCGGGAACUGAACACUAUCCUGAAGCUAAUUUCCCGAGCAAAGGGUCCACCACAUCACCGUCAUUCUCGAUUGUUGUUAUUCUGGUGGUGUUGGCCGGGAUGUUCCUCCACCGGAGGCCCGUACGUGCCGCGGAACGAGAUGGGCUACUAUUCGAGAUAUGCUCCACGUCGGAGAGGAGAAUCUGAGGAGAUUUGGUUGCCUGUCCAUUUUGUCGCAGGAUUGGGAGAUGGAUUGCGACUCCCACGUUGUUUUGGCUGCGUGCAAGCCAUACCAGUUUGCGAGAGAGAGGUGGGUGGAUGGAGUGCAGGUGGGGGUUUUCACGCAUUAGCUCUUGCGCGUUCUACGGUCUGGCUACUGCAAUGCAGAGACGACAUAUGAAGACAUUCUUGGUGGCUUUGAAGAGUCGGUUUAUCAGACUCCAGUCAUUGCUGGAAAACAUCGAGAUGCUCGUCUUUGGUAUCAGAGUAAAGCCCAUGGUGAAAUGAAUACCACAGACUUCCACUCCAAUGACCCAGAUCAUCAGACGCCGGUUAUUGCUGUGACAGGGCGAGAUGUUCGUCCCUCUGAUCGACGACCAAUUUACCAACGCUCGAUGAGACGAUCAAUCCUCUAUUUUGUUCUCUCAAACGUUAUAUUUUUUGCUUGCCUUCUGCUCGCUUAUCUACUUUACUAUACGUGAACCCCCCGGAUGGACGUUGUAAUGAUGUUAUUUCUUGGAUCGAUGUUCCCAGUUUUUGGCUAGUAGCUGUUACCGUAGGAGAAUUAUAAUCACAGCCCUAAACCACGCGUAAAUGACGAUGAUACUUCGAC